AAAUGGCGGUCAUGCUGCCUUGCUUUCCGGAAAGCUAGAGUUGUUUUCAGCUUUUUCAUUCAUAUAUUCAUUUUCUUAAUUUGGCAUUCUAGUAUUUUUCUGGUUUGGUCAAUUUUUCAAUUAUUUACUAGUGCUAGGGAACUUAAUUUUUUGCGUGCUUACAUGUUGAGAUGUAAUGUAAAUAGUGGUGUAUACUAAAAUAUCUUGAAGUCCCUCGGGAGUAUGAUAUUCUUUUCACUAAAAAUAACAUACAUUAAAAAGGUUUUCUAGGGAAAGUAACAUUUAUAACAAGAAGUUGUGCACUAGAUUUUGUUGCAAAAGCAGAAAAAGAAUACUGUCACACUGUCAAGUACAGAAGUCGAAUAUGUAACAAUAUCAGGGGCUUCUGAGGAGGCAAGGGUUUGUUAUUAGAAUUGAAAGGUGUUAAGCAUUGCCUUGUACGUACAAUAAUAAUAUUGAUGUACAAAAAUUAACAGUUAAUCCCAAUUUGAAUAAAAAAAUAUGAAUAUUAAGUACGAUUUUAUUAGAGAAGUUAUUGUUCUUAGUACUGCUGAACAUAAAUAAGUAUUGAAGUGAUUUCGUAAAGUGUUGGAAGUAGCUGAGCAAUUAUGGCAACAGUCAAAAUGUAUCGCAGUCCAAAUGUGGGCGGCAGAGGAGGAGGUGUGCUAAGCUUACGUUCCAACUCUGCGGGUGUCUAUGAUGGUAAAAUUGCCGGACUUUAUGAUCUCGAAGAAACUUUGGGCAGAGGACAUUUCGCAGUCGUAAAAUUAGCACGACACGUUUUCACAGGCGAGAAAGUUGCCGUAAAAGUUAUAGACAAAAGUAAACUUGAUGAUGUUUCUAAAGCCCAUCUAUUUCAAGAGGUUCGAUGUAUGAAGCUGGUGCAACAUCCUAAUGUAGUACGUCUCUAUGAGGUAAUAGAUACUGCCACUAAGCUUUAUCUUAUUCUCGAGCUCGGUGAUGGUGGCGAUCUCUACGAUUAUAUUAUGCGUCACGAGUCAGGUCUAUCGGAGCAAUUAGCGAAAGAUUACUUUCGUCAAAUUGUGAGAGCUAUUUCCUAUUGCCACCGUCUACAUGUGGUUCAUCGUGACCUUAAACCUGAGAAUGUUGUGUUUUUUGAAAAUCUAGGUGUUGUAAAGUUAACCGAUUUUGGAUUCAGUAAUAAAUUCUGCCCUGGACAAAAGCUUGAAACUUCCUGUGGAAGUUUAGCUUAUUCCGCUCCAGAAAUACUUUUAGGAGAUUCUUACGAUGCUCCAGCUGUUGACGUGUGGUCUUUAGGGGUGAUUUUAUAUAUGCUAGUUUGUGGCCAUGCGCCUUUUCAGGAGGCAAAUGAUUCUGAAACGCUUACUAUGAUUAUGGACUGCAAAUAUAGUGUACCGUUACAUAUUUCUACCGAAUGUAAAGAUUUAAUUUCGAGAAUGUUGAUACGAGAUCCUGAGAAGCGAGCAACACUAACAGAAAUUGCUAAACAUCCAUGGUUAAAACAAAAGAAGGAAGACCACAUUGACAUUUUGCCCUUAGUAUCUCGUGAACAACUCUGUGACGAGGAUCAUAAUUUUAUUGUACAAAAAAUCGUCAAUGGAAACAUUGCCACCAAAGAGGAAAUUCAAGAGAGCUUGGAUAAAAAUGCGUAUAAUCAUAUAACUGCCACAUAUUAUCUAUUGGCUGAACGCAAAUUAAGGUCCAAGAGACAAGAACAAGUUAGCAUAAACAAAAAGAGACCAGAAAAUUUAUCUGUUAGUCAAAACGUCAACAGAAGUAAUGGAAAUUCUGUGGGUACUCCAUGCUUACUAGCGGUACCUCGCACUCCAGGAGAUUUACCGCAGAGAUCUCGUAAGUGCAGUAUAGUACAAGAAGAUGAAGAGGAAGAAGAUCUUUCUGGACGCGAAGAUUCUCAGACCCAUGGUUCGUUGAAUAGACGUGGCUCACGUUCAGAAGGACGGUUAAAUCUUACAGUUCAGGGGUGCUUAAAUGAAAAAGAGUUCAAAAAUGAAGAGAAAAAACGCGAAAUACAUAAGCCUGUUGUAAAGCAAUUUUCUCAUUCUAUUACUAAUAACCAACAGAAAACUGUUAUCAGUCAACACAGUCCCUCAAAGUGGCACAAGAGUAACAGCGUCCCUCAACCGAUUCCUCACAAGCCUAAAAAGAUUCCUGAUGUUGUUUCGACAAGUAUUUUAAACGAGUCUUCAACAAUCUCGAUACCUGUCCUCACUAAUUCUCCUUAUCCACCUCAGAAGUUCGCCCCAAAUUUUAAGACAAUGCCCUCACCUACACGAACCUCGCCUGUUAUACCAUCACCCUUACAGCUUAACGAAAUAUUUGAAGAGGGAGAUGGAAUUGACAGUAAUCUUCAUCAUUCAUCAAGAAAUAUUGUCAGUCGAAAUCAAAAAAGGGUUUCAUAUGAACAUAGACGUUCAAAAUUUCAUAAAAGCAGGACUGCGUCCUGCAGCUCAUCAGAUGCUAGCGAUGAUGAUAGUGAAAAUCGUAAAAAGAGAGCGCAUAAAUUCAAUUCUACUAAAGAGGAACCUUUAAAAGGUAGGCGAGAUUCUCAUGAUGACAGUAGUGACUCCCAGGAGCCUGGUACAGGAACAAGCACUGGAGGAUCAUCUUCCAUUAAACCUCCAAUUAUCACUCAAACGACACAGAAUACUUCAACUAAGACACGUAAUACUUCAAAUAACAACAAUAAUUCAAAUAAUAAUUCUGGGAGAAAGAAUGCCAAUAAUUUAACUGAGGCAAAUUUAAUGAAAAAGCACAAAAUUAUAAAACGUCGAAAUGGAGAAACUCGUUUACGUGAAAGUCAGUCUCUUAAUAGAAUUACUGAAGUACAAGAAGAAAUUCAGUCGGUUGUUCUGACGACAACUAUUACAACUACACAGGGUGUUACAAGCUCUUCUAAAGCUCGUAGUUUAGGUGCACGGAUAUGGCACGGUUUAACAACUGGAGCUAUUAAAACAAACAUGGAAGAAAAACAUAUAGGCGAUAACAAGCAACUCCGGAGGGCCGCUAAACCUACAGUAGAACUGAAAGAGGACGCUAAGAAAAAAACUUUAAUUGGAAAGUACUUGCAAGUGCAACGUAAAUUGUCUCUACCAUUACCAGCAUUUCUGAAUAAAAGCCGUUUAUAUAAGGCCCAGUCGUGUAGUUCUAUAGUACAUGCCAAAACUCUUCCUGGAGAUACAAAUAAAAUGCAGCGUGCUAAAAGUGUAGUGCGAAAUAUUGAACUUAAUAAGUUUGUUACGUUGAAUGAAGUGUGCAACGAAAUUACGGGGAUAUGCAAAGAACAUUUUGGACAGGCUUCAAAAUGCUGCAGCUUUUGCUAGCCCUGUGAAUCGACGACGAAACUAUAGCGAGAUAUAUGCCUCCAAUUAAACUAAUCGAAAAAGUGGGGGAAUAUCUUAUGAUGGGAAUGCAGGUUGUGUGCCAAUUAAUUCAUGGUGUUUGUACUGGUACUUCAAUACUGAAAUCAUGGGAUAGGAGGUUCACGAUGAUUAGUUUGUUCUGUAGAGCUCAAAUUUUAUUACACGUUGUAUAAUUAUGGCAAAUGAUUUUAUAGUAACGUUAUACACAUAUUUAUAUUUAUUUUAGUUUAAGAUCGUAUCAUGUGCUACUAUUACUAAAAUACUUAUAAACCAAAGCAAUGCUGCAACAGCGCUAUAUAUAGAUGAAAAGACAAAUAUUUUGACAGUAUGCUUUUCAAAGAAUUUUUAGAGUAGAAGACAGCAAAUACUUAUCCUUUGCUAGAAAAUGUUAUAUUUAAUUUAUAUUUAUUUCAGAAGUAUUUAUCAGCUAUUGUCGGCUUUUUAAAUACAAAACUAAAAUUUGAUAGCUGCUACGUAUACACAAAGUACAUGUUGAAAUAAUCUAUAUUAAACGAACCUAAAAUUACAUACAUGUAUCGAUAUCUGUUCAAGUGCAGACUUUUCCCUUGUUGGGUUUUUAAAUAUAAAAUACUGUUACUUGUGUUGUUAAAUUUGAUAAAACUUCUUUUAACAUAAAGAUAGUUACCUGUAAACUGCCAACAGAAAAGAAAAUUUUUAUUUUAACGAAUCUACUUCAAGAAUGUUGCAUUGUAGAUGACGGUUUAUUAUUUCUAGUUUUGUACAUAAGUAUGCCUUAAUUAAUACAAAUUCUUGUUUUAUUUUUAAUAAUUGACAUACUGCGAAAUAUAUGAUAUAAAGUUCAGAAUUUCAGAGUCACGAAUAACUGACAAUCAUUAAUGAAGGUGUUUUCGAAGACUGAGUAUGUUUAGUUUUUGCGAACAUAAAAUUUGUGAUUUUUUUUAUUGUACGAGAGUUUCUAAAGUGAGCAUAAGCCACAUGUUCUUUAUUAAUUGAUUCGUUUUAACAAUCAUGUAAACAUAAUAUCCCUCUGCUGUACUCUAUUCUAUUUGAAAUUUAAUUGUACUUAUAAGAAAUUUUGAAAGAAAUGUUUUUGAUAUUGCUUUUUCUCUUAUGAUAGUACUGAUAGUAUUACUCGUUUCAUGAUGUAUACUGCCUGUAUAAUAUAUUAAAUCGGUGCUAAUAAAAACUGCAGUUAGUCUUCCAGUUAUCUACACUUACAUUAAGUUUAAAAUAACUGGGAUAAUAAUUGUUUUUAUUGUAAUGAAAUUGUACAAGUAUCUAAAAUUUAAUCUAAAAAGCAAAUCAGUCUAAUAAUAAUGUGUGGUGUUUAAAUUGUGCAAUACUUAUAAAUUAAUAUAAUUAUCCAUAUCUUUUGAUGCAAAAAGAGAACCCUAAAAUUAAUUAUUGUUAAUUAUACACUAUAAAUUAAUUAUGUUUGUAAUUGUUUAAUUGAUGCCGUUGGAUAAUUGUUCAGAAUAUACACCGAAUUUCCUUUUAGAGGGAUAUUCAAUAUCAGUAUGUGCCAUGCACAAAAUGAAUGUAAUUCUGCAAACUUUGGAACGGAAAGAAAACAUUCAGUAUUCUUUUUUUCUUUUUAUGUUAAACACGGCUGUCCAAUACCUCUUCUUUGUAAAUUAUGUUUAAGAAUGUUAAUAUUCUAAGUGUGUCUACUAUAUUCCUCAUGUAACGGCUGAAAAUAAAACUAAAGUACAUACGUAGCUAUUAUUGAUGUCAAGCCGGUCUUGUCGUUAGAAAUAGCUAUUACACCUUAUAUGUGCAUAUGUGUGUGCGGAAAAUAAAUAAAAUAAUAUGAUGAGUUUUACU